AUGUUUGGAAUAUUCAGAACUAAGUCGGAAAAGAAGACCGCUUUACACGAGGCUGCCGCCAAAGGGGACAACGACCAGGUGAAUGGCCUUCUUAGGGAUGGAGCCAAUAUCAACUUCAUAGAUCGUGAUGGCAGGACGGCGUUGCACUGGGCUACGAUCAAUGAGUACCCAAAGGUGGCGGAAACCCUACUUAGCCAUCCAACUAUCGACGUCAAUAUACGAGAUAAGAUGGGGAAAACACCACUGCAUUACGCCGCAAGACACAAAGACAAGCGAACUGUGGAAACCUUGCUAAAAGAAAACAACAAAAUAAAGGUUAGCGUGUGCAGUAGAGACGGCCGGACUGCUCUGCAUGAAGCGGUAGAGAGAGGUCAUCAUGAGGUGGUAGAGGAGCUAUGCUUGAACGCCGACGCCGUCUCCUUUCCUGACUCUCGCGGACGAACGCCCCUUCACUGGGCAGCAGAGUAUGGGAAUGAAGAGGUGGUGAAAGCACUUAUUGAGAAGCAAGUCGAGGUUGACUCCAAAGAUCAUGAUGGUCAGACGGCGCUACAUAGGGCAGCUUGGAACGGCCACAAGACUAUAAUUCGGAAGCUUGUUGACAAGCAAGCCGAUGUUUUAGCGACAAAUGAGAAAGGUGAGACGGCAUUGCACUUAGCGGCAGAGAAUGGCCACCCAGGGGCAGCGAUGGUUCUGCUCAAUAAUAGUAAACUGGAACAUGAGCACGAAGAAAAGGUGCAGCUACUAAUACGAAAAUAUCCUGCCGUCUCCAAUGAGGUCGAACUACUGUGGUGGGCUACAGAGAAGGGGCAUGAGGCAGUUAUGAAGCUGCUGCUUAAGACCGGCAAGGUGGACGUGGACUCGAAGGACAAAUAUGGUCGGACACCACUCUCACGGGCCGCAGCAAACGGGCAUGAGGCAGUUGUGGAGCUGCUGCUCGAGACUGGCAAGGUGGACGUGGUCUCGGAGGACGAAGAUGGUCAGACACCACUCUCACGUGCUGCAGCAAACGGGCAUGAGGCAGUUGUGAAGCUGCUGCUUGAGACUGGCGAGGUAGACGUGGGCUCGAAGGACAAAUAUGGUCGGACAUCACUCUCAUGGGCUGCAGCAAACGGGCAUGAGGCAGUUGUGAAGCUACUGCUUGAGAUAGGCAAGAUGGACGUGGACUCGAAGGACAAAUAUGGUCGGACAUCACUCUCACGGGCCGCAGAAAACGGGCAUGAGGCAGUUAUGAAGCUACUACUUGAGACAGGCAAGGUGGACGUGGACUCGAAGGACAAAUAUGGUCGGACAUCACUCUCACGGUCCGCAGAAAACGGGCAUGAGGUAGUUAUGAAGCUGCUACUCGAGACUGGCAAGGUGGACGUGGACUCGGAGGACAAAUAUGAUCAGACACCACUCUCAUGGGCUGCAGCAAAGGGGCAUGAGGCAGUUGUGAAGCUACUGCUUGAGACUGGCGAGGUGGACGUGGUCUCGGAGGACGAAGAUAGUCAGACGCCACUCUCAUGGGCCGCAGAAAACGGGCAUGAGGCAGUUGUGGAGCUGCUGCUUAAGACUAGCAAGGUAGACGUGGACUGGAAGGACGAAAACGGUCAGACACCACUUUCACGGGCCACAGAAAACGGACAUGACGCAGUUGUGAAGCUACUACUUGAGACAGGCAAGGUGGACGUGGACUGGAAAGAUGAAAAUGGUCAGACACCACUCGCACGUGCAGCAGCAAAGGGGCAUCAGGCAGUUGUGAAGCUGCUGCUUGAGACAGGCAAGGUAGACGUGGACUGGAAGGACGAAAACGGUCAGACACCACUCUCACGGGCCACAGAAAACGGGCAUGAGGCAGUUGUGAAGCUACUACUUAAGACCGGCAAGGUGGACGUGGACUCGAAGGACAAAUAUGAUCAGACACCACUCUCACGGGCUGCAGCAAACGGGCAUAACGUGGUUAUGAAGCUGCUGCUUGAGACAGGCAAGGUGGACGUGGACUCGAAAGGGGAAAGUGGUCGAACACCACUCUCACGGGCUGCAGCAAACGGGCAUAACGUGGUUAUGAAGCUGCUGCUUGAGACUGGCAAGGCGGACGUGGACUGGAAGGACGAAUAUGGUCGGACACCACUCUCACGGGCCGCAGGAAAUGGGCAUGAGGCAGUUGUGGAGCUGCUGCUUGAGACUGGCAAGGUGGACGUGGUCUCGGAGGACGAAGAUGGUCAGACACCACUCUCACGUGCUGCAGAAUACGGGCAUGAGGCAGUUGUGAAGCUGCUGCUUGAGACUGGCGAGGUAGACGUGGACUCGAAGGACAAAUAUGGUCGGACAUCACUCUCAUGGGCUGCAGUAAACGGGCAUGAGGCAGUUGUGAAGCUGCUGCUUGAGACAGGCAAGGUGGACGUGGACUCGAAGGACGAAGAUGGUCGGACAUCACUCUCAUGGGCUGCAGUAAACGGGCAUGAGGCAGUUGUGAAGCUACUGCUUGAGACUGGCAAGGUGGACGUGGACUCGAAGGACGAAGAUGGUCGGACACCACUCUCAUGGGCUGCAGCAAACGGGCAUGAGGCAGUUAUGAAGCUGCUGCUUGUGACUGGCAAGGUGGACGUGGACUCGAAGGACGAAUUUGGUCGGACACCACUCUCAUGUGCUGCAGAAUACGGGCAUGAGGCAGUUGUGAAGCUGCUGCUUGAGACUGGCGAGGUAGACGUGGACUCGAAAGGGGAAAGUGAUCGGACACCACUCUCAUGGGCUGCAGCAAAAGGGCAUGAGGCAGUUGUGAAGCUGCUGCUCGAGACUGGCAAGGUGGACGUGCACUCGAAGGACGAAAAUGGUCGUACACCACUCGCAUGGGCUGAAGCAUACGGGCAUGAGGCAGUUGUGAAGCAGCUCAAAGGUGUGCAUAUAAUACAGCUUCGGUCUGGUUAUAGUUCUUGA